AUGUUCAGUCGACUCAAACAUCUUCCUACACCAAACCAAGGCCACUUUCUUUUCAGGCUGGUAGCCGAGCCCAAUGCUCUCGAGAUGGAGCGAUGGCUGGACGAGGUGCCGAACGAAGGACUGAUUCGUUACUACGGCCAAUGGAACAAGGAACGACUACUUGUCGCCACUCCUACCGCCGCGAGGGAUCUCCUCACGGUCGCUGCGUACAAGUCCGUCAAGGCAACGGACGUUCGACGAGUAGUCACCAAUGUUUCAGGGCCUGAGGGAUUGCUGAUUCUGGAGGGAGAGAAACACAAGAGGAUCAGUAAAGCCGUCCUGCCCGCUUUACGAUCUGACGAAGUUCGACGAGCAUAUCCGAUCAUGUGGGAAAGUGUCCAUAACUUGACCAAAGCCAUGUUAAACCAGGCCGAAGAAAAGAGGGCACCCCAAUCAAUUGUCGCUGCCGGUCAAUUUCUGAAGCUGAUGAACGCCGCUCUCAUCGACACCAUUGCUAAGUGGGGGUUUUCUAUCAAUCUCGGCGCUGUAUUCGAUAUCAGAGCCUCUAUCCCUCGAACCUAUAUCGGAUCGUUGAAAACAACCAAACAUGGCCAGUCAUUCAUCUGGUGGGCAUUCACGGUCGGACCUGAUUUGAUCAUGAGUCUGCCCGUACGGCCUGUCAAAAUCAUGAACGCUCUCUCCAAGUUCGCUGAUAACACGGCCAAAAGCCUUGUGAAUCCACGUAUAGCCGCUUUGGAGGCGCCCGACAAGGAUCAGCCGGCGCCUCACGACAUGCUCAGCAUCUUCAUGAAGUCCGACAAGCUUGAUAACCAUGAUUUGGUUCACCAAUCUGCGCAUAUGAUUGCGGCAUCUACUGAGACCACUGCCUCCACGCUGGCUUGGGUCGUUCACCUCCUCGCUCGGCACCCGGAGUGUCAGCAGCGGAUCCGAGAGGAAGUCCGAGCCCACAUGUCUCCUCCGAUUCCAGCUGAAGGCAAUCGCGAUUUCAACGACGCCAAUUUUCGCGAAUUGAAGUAUCUCGAGGCAGUGAUCAAGGAGAUUCUCCGCUUCCAUUCUGUCAACACCAUUCUGUGGAGGGAGUUGAUAGAGCCGGCAACUGUCGCUGGAACACGGCUUUCAGCCGGGACGAGGAUUGCAUAUUCGCCCUGGACAUCUGGACGCGAUCCCCGGUUCUGGGGUCCUGAUGGCAGGGUCUUCAAUCCCGACCGUUGGCUCAAAGACCCGAUCAAGGGAGGCGCUUCAGAUACCUUCGCAUUCUUGACUUUCGGCGCUGGACCCCGCAGAUGUCCCGGCGAGGAAUAUGCGAAAGCACAGCUGCGGUGUAUCAUUGCUGGAAUAAUCGGCCGGUUUGAACUGUCGCCGUACACCGGUACGAAGAGCUCCGAUGUUGGUACGGAGAUUGGCGAUUUUUCAGCCUUCACACUUUUCAAGGUCAUGGAGGGUGGCUUGCAGGUCAAUGUCAGAGAAGUCGAGGGAUGGUAG